CGAGAAUGGACUGUCGGGGUGAGGUUCCCGCAACACCGUCGUAUCCAUAUACCACUUUACAGAAACUGCACGCCCUGCCGUUAUCACAAUGGUCAAGCGCUCGUCGUUCAUUGGGGUUAUAAAAGGCCAUGGCUUACGGCGCCGGGGAGAGGGGGUGGAUGGUUGGUGAAUCACAUCAACACCUCGUUUCAUAAUGCAGCCAGCUAUGGGCAAGAUCAAGAUCGCAAUCGACCGUGGUGGUACCUUCACGGACGUUUGGGCCAGUCUGCCCGGCCAGCCAGACAUAGUGCACAAACUACUUUCCGUCGAUCCAGCCAAUUACGAAGAUGCACCCACUGAAGGCAUAAGACGUGUGCUCUCCCACUACUAUGGCCACGAGAUCCCUCGCGGCAGCCCUCUCCCCAAGACAGACCUCGAGUUUAUCCGUAUGGGGACAACAGUGGCGACCAACGCGUUACUUGAGCGAAAAGGCACCCGGCACGCAUUCCUAGUAACAAAGGGAUUUCGUGACUUGUUGAACAUUGGCUACCAGUCGCGUCCUCGGCUCUUUGAGCUCAACAUCGUCAAACCAGCUGUCUUGUAUGACGAGGUCCAUGAGAUCGAUGCGAGAGUGACCAUUGAGGGAUUCGACGAAGAUGUAGAUGGACUCUUCAAAUCCACCGAAGAAAUUCCCGGUGUCCUGGUUCGUGGCACAAGUGGUGACAUGGUUCGCAUCCUGAAGCCAAUUGACGAGGAACAAGUCCGGGAGGUACUCCAAAAGCUCCGUGGUAAGGGGGUGGACACACUGGCUGUGUGCUUGACUCACUCCCACAUAUUUCCGGAACAUGAGAUCCGCGUUUAUCAGCUGGCCAUGGAAGAGGGAUUUAAACACGUAUCCUUGUCCUCUGCCGUUGCCGCUAACAUGAUCAAGAUGGUACCGCGUGGCAGCUCGGCGUCGGCGGAUGCAUAUCUGACCCCCGAGAUAAAGCGCUAUCUCACCGGAUUUACCAAGGGCUUUGAAGGUGGAAACUUGGACGGUGUGAGGUGCGAAUUUAUGCAGUCGGAUGGAGGCCUCGUUAGCCACAACCACUUCAGUGGUCUCAGAGGCAUUCUGAGUGGGCCUGCAGGGGGUGUGGUGGGUUAUGCCCAAACCACAUACGACGAAGCAUCCAAAAUUCCGGUAGUCGGCUUCGAUAUGGGUGGCACGUCCACCGAUGUGUCACGGUACGGAGGAUGCCAUGAGCAUAUAUUUGAAAGUACUACUGCCGGAGUGACAAUUCAGAGCCCACAGUUGGACAUCAAUACAGUCGCCGCGGGCGGUGGUUCGAUUUUGACCUGGAAGAAUGGCCUUUUCGCGGUAGGCCCAGAGAGUGCUUCCUCACAUCCUGGACCGGCAUGCUAUCGAAAAGGCGGGCCUCUCACAGUGACUGAUGCAAACCUCUUCCUCGGACGGUUGCUCCCUGAUUACUUCCCCAGGAUCUUUGGCGAAAACGAAAAUCAGCCUCUGGAUUCAAGAAGAGUGAAGGACUUGUUUGAAGAGUUGACAGCCACUAUCAACUCCGAUACAGGAAACUCAAUGAGUCCGGAAGAGGUAGCUUGCGGGUUUCUUGAUGUUGCCAAUGAAGCUAUGUGUCGACCAAUCCGAGCUUUGACGGAGGGCAAGGGAUAUGACAUUACAAACCAUAACCUAAGUGUUUUCGGUGGUGCUGGUGGGCAACAUGCUUGUGACGUCGCUCGCAAACUAGGCAUAUCUACGGUCAUUAUUCACAAGUACUCGAGUAUUCUUUCCGCAUAUGGAAUGGCGCUCGCGGACUUGGUGCAGGAGGCCCAAGAGCCGGUAAAUGAAAUCUAUGGGGAUGAAUCGCGCGGCAGACUUUUGAACCGGCUAUCGCUGCUCCAAGAUAAGGUGCGCCGCCAGCUAAACGACCAGGGUACAACAGAUGGCGACAUAUCAUACCAGAAGUAUCUCAAUAUGAGAUAUCAAGGAACGGAGACGGCCAUCAUGGUCCUGGAGCCAGCAGAUGGGGAUUUUAAGGAGGAGUUCAAGAGGAUGCAUCUGCGGGAGUUCGCCUUCUUGUUUCCCGAUGAAAGGACUAUCAUCGUGGACGACGUACGUGUCCGAGGUGUUGGGUCUUGCGGCGGCUUGGAGAGGGCUGAUGGGCAAAAACUCGGUCAAGAAUUGCAAAAUGCGUCUUUCAGUGUCCUAUCCCUGGAUACUGCUGAACAAACGACAAGGGUCUAUUUCCCAGGAUACGGGUCAUGCCCUGCGCCUGUGUUUCUCCUGAAUAAAUUGCCCCCGCUUACACUUAUUGCCGGACCGGCCGUUAUCAUCGACCAGACGCAAACUUUGGUGGUUGCUCCCGGGUCAGAAGCUAAAAUCUUGAGUAACCACGUGGUUAUCGAGAUCAAAGACGCAUCAUCUGCCCGGAUCAUACGGGAUUCAACAUCUGUGGAUAGCAUUCAACUCUCAGUUUUUGCUCAUCGCUUCAUGAGUAUCGCUGAACAGAUGGGUCGUGCUUUACAGAAGACAGCCGUGUCAUUGAACAUUAAGGAGCGCUUGGAUUUUUCAUGUGCAUUGUUCGGGCCGGACGGUGGACUGGUCGCGAACGCACCUCAUGUUCCAGUGCAUCUUGGCUCCAUGAGCUACGCAGUCAAGUACCAGCACGAUCUUCACAAGGGAAAGCUUAUACCUGGUGAUGUUCUGGUGGCCAACCACCCUGAAGCAGGCGGUACACACUUGCCAGAUAUCACUGUGAUAACUCCAGUCUUUGAGAAGACUGGAAAGCAGGUCGCGUUCUACGUUGCCUCUCGCGGCCACCACACCGAUAUUGGAGGGUUGGGAGGUACAUCCAUGCCUCCGAAUUCCACUGAGCUAUGGCAGGAGGGUGCUGCGAUCAGAUCAUUCAAGCUUAUUCAUAAAGAAAAAUUUGACGAGCGUGGUAUCAUCGAGAUUCUUCUUCGUCCUGGCGAUUAUCCGGGAUGUACAGGGAGCCGACAUGUGUCGGACAAUAUUUCCGACCUUAAGGCGCAGGUAGCGGCAAAUCACAAGGGCAUGACGUUGGUGCAAGGCUUGAUCGAGGAGUACACUCUGCCCGUAGUGCAGCUGUACAUGAAGGCUAUCCAGCUAAACGCUGAACGGGCCGUCCGGCAUCACCUUCGAGAAACUCUAGUCCGGAUGGGAUCGCGCCUGGUCGCGGAAGACCGAAUGGACAAUGGCUCACUUAUUAAGCUCACUAUUGAUCUUUUCCGUGAUGGUUCCGCUGUGUUUGACUUCACCGGAACUGGCUGCGAGCUGCUCAGCAAUAUCAAUGCGCCUCCAGCCAUCACCCAUUCGGCCAUUAUAUACACCCUACGCCUCCUGAUUGGCGACGAUAUUCCCUUGAACCAAGGCUGUCUUGCACCGAUCAACGUUAUCCUGCCCAAGGGCACCUUCCUGAACCCAUCUGCAGGCCCUGCUGUCUGCGCUGGGAACACCCAGACAUCGCAGCGAAUCGUGGAUGUCAUCCUCAAAGCAUUCCGAGCCGCUGCUGCCUCCCACGGCUGCAUGAACUGUAUUGGGUUCUUUGGUGAGGGUGGCAAAGACGCUGAGGGCAACAAACUCAGUGGAUAUGCUUACGCGUUUGGCGAGACUAUUUGUGGCGGCUCAGGAGCAACAUCUUCUCGGUCUGGGGCAUCUGGUGUGCAUACACAUAUGACCAACACCAGGAUCACCGAUCCGGAGAGUUUGGAGAAGCGCUACCCGGUAAUUCUGCGGGAAUUCGCCAUUCGUCCGGGCACGGGAGGGAAGGGGAUGUACAAGGGCGGUGAUGGUGUGGUGCGAGACAUCGAGUGCCGUGCUCCUCUGAGUUUCAGUGUCAUCACGGAGCGCCGUAGCGUUGCGCCUUAUGGAAUGAGCGGAGGUGAUCCCGGACGGUGUGGAGCAAACUAUUGGGUUCGGAAAGAGAAGAUAGGAGAAAAGGAGGUAUUCCGAUGGGUGAAUAUGGGAGCGAAGAACAUGGUGAAAAUGGCGGCAGGCGAUCGCUGCGUCAUACAUACCCCUGGAGGAGGAGGUUGGGGGUCGCCCGAGUUGAAUGGAGAUUACGGUGCCAUCGGAGUCGUUACCCAGUACCCUCGGGCGGCAGGAAGCGUCGCGGCCCGUAUGACGGCGCAGGAGAGUUCUUCAUAAUAUGCAGGUUAUUGCACCGGCAAUGCCCAGUUUCCACAUAUUGGGAGGCUAUUUGAUAUUUUGUUCGGAGGCUAUCUGAUGUUUCUUUCGGCGGUUAUUUGAUGUUUUUUGGGCGGCGAUUUGAUAUUUUGUUGGGAGGCUAUCUGAUAUUUUGUUCGGGCUACGAGCGCGCAGGCGACGACCAACGCAGCCUACGCACUUCCUUACUAGUUAUAUAGACUGAGUUGAUCGAUUCCAAGCAAUGGUUUUAAAGCAACUGGACGUGCCAAACUUAAUAUCGAAUUGACUUUGAGCACCUCCCUGACACCUUGAUGACGUCACAUCC